AUGGCCGCGUUCCCUUCGAGCCCCGCCGCCUGCGCCGAGAGCGCGGCCGCCUACACCGAGAGAGCCGCCGCAUCCGCAUUGAGCGCGGCCGCUUCCGCCGAGAGGGCAUCUGCGGCAGCUGACAGGGCAGCUGUAGCAGCCAAGACGGCUGUAGCUGCUGCUGCGACGACGGCUGUGAACGCCGAGUGCGCUCGAGCUGCCGCCCGUGCCGCUGAUGUCGCUGGCCCGGAAGAGCAGUUUGAAAUAUUCAAGGUGGCUUGCGAUGCCGAAGCUGCCAAAGAAAAGUUGAAGUACAUGAAGGGGCUUCAAGAGAGGAACAUGGGGUGCCACCACCUCAGAAGCCGUGAUUACACGGGGAAGAGGUCCAUAUGGUCCAAGGAGGACGCGAAACGCGAAAGUCUGGGCAUCCCAGACCCCUUGGCGGAGCUCACUGUCCCGCAGUAG